AGGUUACCCCCAGGUCACGUGAUUGCGUUCACACGCGUGUUUCCUCCUGCAGCUGCGUUCCAAACGCAACUGUGGCUGUGGCUGAACGGAGGUGAACAUGGCCGAUGUGUCGGAGAGGACGUUACAGGUUGCUUUAGUCGUUUCAUUUGCGGCGGGUUUUGUCGCAGGCUGGCAGGCAAACAGAAUGCGAAGAAAGUUCUUGGACUGGCGGAAAAAGCGGUUGCAGGACAAACUCGCAGAAACACAGAAGAAGCUAGACCUGUCAUGACAGAUACAAGUUAUCACGCAACCGACCUGUACCUUUGGUCAUCAAGGCCUUGAGUUCACAAACAGAAUGAGUCUGUAGCAGCACUUCAGAGCGCUCAACAGGAACAAGCCUGGGAUCAAAGACAGGCUGGAGAAAAGCAAUACAACUUUCAAGGACUUUAAACACUGAGCAAAAUGUUGUAUUUAAAGGUGUUCCUUAAUUUUUGUUAAAGCCAUAAAUCACACUGUUACCAUGUCUGUGCUUUCUCCUUGUCUGUGGCAGUUCAAAUAAAUUGAAAUAUUUUAA